AUGCCCGUCCGUCCCUCGAAACGUGCCGCAACCAAACGCAAGCCCCCACAUGUGGCAGACCUGCUGCCCUGCGUGCCCGACAUAGCCCCCGAUGAUAGAGCGAGCAACUUUUCCGCGCCUCCGUCCGAUGUCAGCGAGGAGCCCAUCGACGAUUUGCUAGCUCGCCUGGGGAAGAGGUUGGAGUAUGUCGACCCGCAGGUACGCUUUGCACAGUGGUACGCGGAUGUAGACAAGCACCUCAGAGCCGGCAGCCUUACGGAUGUUUGGACGGACGACUCCUACGACAGCCCAGCCAACCUAACCAAGAUCAGCCCAAAGAUGACCAAGCAAGGCGUGAAGCGCAAAGGCGAUGCCUUGGCAGAAGUUGCCCUUAAACCGAAGCGAAGCUGUCCGGGGCCCCCUGUUGUCAAAGAAGAGCCCAACGUUGAGCGCGCCGCAGCUAACAAGAUAGCCGUCUCGAAGAAGACCAUUACGGGGAGGAAAGCUACUGCCACUGGUACGCCUGCUGCGGCUCGCAAGGCAGCCGCAAGGCUGACGACGGCUAUCAAACCUGCGAUGAAAGCUCCGACCACAAAGCAGGCUGGCAUAAAGCCUGCGUUUAAGCCCUCCACGGCUGCCGAGGGCGUCGCUGAUCUCCUACCCAAGAAGAAGACGACUGCGCCGAAGCUUGCGCUUGUCCCUCCCCUGCCACCGCCCGUACGCACUCGCACCUUCUAUGCGCGGCGCGCAAAGGCGCCUGUCGAACCAGUAUUAGACCUAGCUCCUGCAGUUGCUGUCUCAUCUAUCCUGAGCCCUCCUCCACAGUCUCCUGACCACACAACGGCGCUCGAGGCGGCACCCAAGGUCACGCGCGGGACUGGCCAUCGGAAGGCCUCGGGGCAACGCAGGUAG